AUGACUGUGAAUUUAGAGUCGGGCGUGAUGCUUUCCGAUCUCAACUCGCGGUUUGCGAACAUCGUCACUCGAAACGCUUCAAUUGUCGAUGAGAACCAGCGGCUCCAGGAGGAAUUAGCCCAGCAGGGUAAUAACCACAAAGAGGAGCUCGGAAGGAUCAAAACCUUCUACGAGGCUGAGGUGAAGGAGAGCCACAAGCUUUUGAAUGAUGCGGCGAACGAAGCUUUCAAAAUGCGACAGGAAUUGGAAAGCACGGUUGAGAAAAAGAAUGAGGCCGAGAGAAAAUACGAGGAAAAGAAUCUCUCGGAACGAACGGCCCGGCAAUUAGCCGAGGAGUUGCAGAAAGAAGUGGACGACAUGAAAGCCGAGCAGACUCAGUUGCGACGAAAGCAUCAAGAUCUUGAUGCUCAAAAAAUGAGCUUGAAUGCUCAACUGGUUGAGGCGAAAUCGGACGCCGACAAGUUCCGAAACCAACUUGCUGACGAAAAGGUUAAGCUCAACCAGAAAAACAAUGAGUUGCAGUCACUCCAAGAGAAAUUCGAGACUGAGCUGCGAGUGAGAGAUGUCGAGAUCGACGAGGCUCGUAAAAACCAGAGCUCGAUGCUUCAGCAGUCGCUGAAUAUGAAGAGCACUCAUGAGGAGAGCAUGUCGAUCGCCAUCGACAAUAUUCGCGACGAGCAUGAACGCGAUGUCAAGCGCCUUCAGAAAAAAUUCAAGAGCACCCAGGAGCUUCUUCUUGCCAAGCGAGAUGAGGCUUCGAAGAACCGUGCUCUGAUGGAGCAGGCGAUCGCCAGCAAGGCCAAGCUCGAGCAAGAACUCAAGCGAGCCAAGGACCUCAACUUGUCCCUUGAAGCGGACCUUGCCUCCAAGAACUCUCUUGCGAAAGAAGAGAUCGCCGACUUGAAGGCGAAGCUGGCCGACGAAACCGAGAAAGUCGCGAAGCUCGAGGACAUCUUCCGUCAAAAGAAGGAACAGUACCUCGCCAUGGAGAAGGAAUGCUUGACGUACCGCCAGCUUCUGGAAGUCGAGGAGGCCAGACUCAAUAUCACCCCCUCGCCGAUCCGACGAAAGCGAGGUCGUGCUGAAACCCGACUCAGCGACUGUCAGACCCCGGCGCAGAAGAAGAGCAAAAGCGCCGACAAUACCCUCCAGGAGGUCGAUGUGAGCGAAAUUGGCGCCACCGAUAGCACCCGACCGGAUGCCAGCUGCUUCAUCAUGUGA